CUUAAUAUUCUCCUCAUCAGCAAGAUUCUCCAAAACACCGUCUUUCUGCCAUUCUCUCUACUUUCUCUUCAUUGCUUUCCAAGCCAAGAAUCUCUCUUGAUUCCUCUCCUCAUCUCUCUCUUUUUCAACCACUAUUAACCAUCCAUCUACAAUGCCUCUUCUUUUCCAUCUCUCUCUUUCUCUCUCUUUGUCAUUUUCAUUCUUCUUCUUCUUCUCUCCUUACCCUCACUCUCCCUUUCAUUCUUAUGGCUCCUUCUUCUGAUAUCAACCAUCUUUCUCAUCCAUGUAUAUAUGGAGAUUAUGUUUCUUCACACCCAGAGAGAAAGUCUGGUUUCAUGAAAUGGCUUAGUAAGCUUUUCAAAGGUGGGCCUAAUAAUAGAGGAAGGAGCGGUCGUCAUCUUCAUGACUCUUCCGAAGAAAGCAUGUCUUGGCGUGCUCCAUCUAGAGCUUUGGAUGAUCGUGGUAGAGCUCAAAAGGAGAAAGAGGAUUUGGGCCAUGCAAUGUCACUUUCUUCGUCUGAAGAUUCGAAGAGACCGAAUGCUCAUCAAGGAUAUAGGUGGGGGGAAGGAAAUGGUGAAGAUUAUGGAAAGGCACUUCAUGAUAACUAUAACUCAUCUGCACACCCUCCUUAUGCUCCGGCGCCAUUUUAUCCCAAUGAAUAUAGAAGAAUAUGUGGCGGCUGCAGUCAGGAGAUAAUCUAUGGAAAUUGUUUAGGUUGCAUGGAUACUUAUUUUCAUCCAGACUGCUUUAAAUGCCACUCGUGUCGCCAUCCCAUUACCGAGCGCGAGUUUUCUUUGUCAGGGAAGCAUCCAUAUCACAAGUCCUGUUUUAAAGAGUUGACUCACCCGAAAUGUGAAGUUUGCUUUCAAUUUAUUCCAAUAAAUGCUGCUGGUUUGAUUGAGUAUAGAUGUCACCCCUUUUGGUCUCAAAAGUAUUGUCCAUGCCAUGAAUAUGAUAAUACAGCUCGUUGCUGUAGUUGUGAAAGAUUGGAGCCACGGAAUACGAAAUACUAUGGACUCGAAGACGGGCGAAACUUGUGCUUAGAGUGCAUGGAAUCUGCUAUAAUGGAUACUGGUGAUUGUCAGCCUUUAUAUCAUUCAAUCAGAGAUUAUUAUGAAGGAAUGCAUAUGAGAAUAGAUCAGCAAGUUCCUAUGCUUCUUGUUGAGAGAGAAGCACUUAAUGAGGCUAUAGUUGGAGAGAAAAAUGGAUUUCAUCAUUUGCCCGAAACAAGAGGUUUAUGCCUUUCAGAAGAGCAAACUGUCACCAGUAUACAUAGAAGGCCGAGAAUCGGAGGUCAUCGAUUUAUAGGGAUGAGAACUCAACAUCAAAAACUGAUAAGAAAAUGUGAAGUUACAGCAAUUCUUGUUCUAUAUGGUCUACCAAGGUUACUAACAGGUGCUAUACUUGCUCAUGAGUUGAUGCAUGCAUGGUUACGUCUUAAAGGUUACCGCAAUCUCAAUCCUGAAGUAGAGGAAGGAAUUUGUCAGGUUCUUUCAUAUAUGUGGCUCGAGACAGAAGUUAUGCCAACAAACUAUCAAAACAUGCCAUCAACAUCCACAGCUUCUUCUUCCUCCUCUUCAUCCUCAAAGAAAGGUGCAAAGUCUCAUGUUGAAAAUAAAUUGGGUGAGUUCUUCAAGAAUCAAAUUGUCAAUGAUUCUUCCCCAGCAUAUGGUGGUGGGUUUAGAGCUGCUAAUGAAGCUGUUAAUAAAUAUGGUCUACGUAGUACUCUUGAGCAUAUUCGUUUGACUGGUUUUUUCCCUGUGUAAGAAAGGAACUACACAUGUUUUCUUAAGUAUGGAUUGAAGAGCUUGUUGUCUUUUUUUAUUGUUCUACAAGUGUCUCUUGGUCUUUUUUCUUUUUUAUCCAACUUGGUCUCUUGGAUAGGUUCAAACUAAAGGCAGAGAGAACCUAGGACAACUCCUUAUAUUUGGUCCUGUGAGGAUGUCCCGAAGUCCAAUUUGACAAUAAUAUUUAUGUAUUCAGCUAGUGUUUUUUCUUUAUGCAUUUAGUU